UCGUGUAAUUGUGACGCAAUUUUCGUGCGAGUUUGUUUUAGUCUCGCCUCGCCAGUUUUGCCACUGACUCAACUCAAUACACUGAAAACGAAAGCGGCCAUCAAGUCGACUACUUGCAAGCAGUGUGCAAUGUGCACACUGCCACCUUCGGGCGAUUCAGUUGCAAUUCACACGCGUUUAAGCUCAGUUCGCUUCCUACAGAGCUAAAGAUUCGCAGCGUUAACUUUACGACAAAAUGCUUCAGUUGUGCACCAUCUACGCCUGCGCGAACGGCACCUUGGGCCUGAAUUUGAGCCGUGCCCCCUGGGAUCCGUAUCCUUGGGUCAGCGGGGUGCAGGCCAAGUCGAGUGCGGAGAGGGGCGGAGUUCGCAUGGGCGACACCCUGCUGGAGCUGAAUGGAGCCGAUGUCCUGGGGCUGAGAAUCAGCGAGCUGGCCAAUCGGUUGCAGGAUCACUGGCAGAGCGGCGCCGAGGUCGUGACCCUGAUGAUGUGGCGCCAGCAGGCGAACAACGACCCAAAUGAGGAUCCUGCCGAGGCAUCACAUGCUGUGCAGCACGGCAUUAAUCAACAAUCGCUGCAAAAGUUUGCAACAUGCCUGCAACAUAUUUCCCAAUUACUGGAGUGUCCUGUGUGCCUUGAGGUCAUCAAACCACCUGGCUGGCAGUGCUGCAAUGGACACGUGCUCUGCAAUAAUUGCCGCAGUCGCUCCGUAAAGUGUCCUGUGUGCCGAGUUCCUUUGGGGCCAAGGGGCCGCUGUCUGCUGUCGGACAAGUUGUUCACCCUGCUGGCGGAGAGCUUCCCCUGCGACGGCGCGAAAACCAACAAGGUGACUGCCGCCCAGGGCCAUGGAAAGCUGAGCAGCGUCAACAAGUGCACAAAUGAAUAUCAUAAUCAACCGAAAAUGGCGCUGGCCAAGACGAGUAACGGCAAGUCCAAGUGCGGCAAGCAAAUCUCCAGGCAACUCGAGGCAGUUUUGGUGGACCAAAGUCCUCGGGAAAUCAGAAGGAAGAGCCACGAGGAGGUGGCUGAUGGGGAGGGGGAGGGGGAGGAGGCUGUCCUGCCACGUUGCACGCUGAUAAAAGUGCAGCAUCAGGAGGCCGCUGUCGAGCACUUUUCGGGGGAAGGUCACAACAAUAUGCUCGUUAAACCAAAGUUAAAGUUGAGUAAGAAAAGUUGGCGGAUUACAGGGCCAGAUCAAGACGGAUUGCGCUGCGAUGAAGUUGCCACCAUAAAUAAUGGUGGCCAGGUGCAGGAGCACCAGGAGCAGCACCACCAGGAGCAGGAGCAACUGGGGCAUGAGAAGUCAGCCAGCGGCGAGAGCGAGUAUCAGAAUUAUCAUUGCCCGACUGGGAAAUCAUGCUGCAGCCACAGUUACCAACUUGCCCAGCCAGUGGCCAACAAAUUGUCAACAGUCGCGUUGCAGGAUGCGGCAGUUGCGGACCCGGGCGGUGCAUCCUUAUCAGCGGGGAGCCAUAAACAGGCGCCGGCAGCCGGAGUAAAUCAGGUGCGGCCACUGGAGGCGGGUUCAAUAGGUCGGCGGGAGUGGCAGUUGCUGCGACAUUUGAGCGGCGACCACCGGCUGGCCGUGUUGCAAAUCUAUGGCACGUUCGGCGAGCGGUUGCAUGUACGCCCCCAGUUGCCCCUGGAGGGCGUGGCUUGCCUGCGGCUGAGCGAGGAGUCCACCACUUUUGGCCACGUCACUGUGAACACAUUUUUCUUGGCUGUCAUUGCGAUCGGCGGCGGCGAUGAGCAUGCCGUCUUCCUGUGGCACCUGGACCCCGUGCCACAUGGAACCCCAUUCGAGACUGUCAUCGAGACACAAGGCCACCGGUUCGUGGGACCUGCUCACUCGCUCCGGCGCAGCUGGCCAGAGAUUAGGGCAUCCGGCCAGUUCCUCACCUGCCGCAAUCUGGCUGCCAAGUGCGAGGUGACCAUCAGAAACAGGUAGACCGCAUUUUGCACGAAAGACUGCUUCCAAAACAUAUAGGUAUUAAAGCUAAUUAGGUAAUUAGGUAAUAAAGUAGCUCUCGUGUUUAAGAGCUUUAAGGCAAAGUUAAGAACUGAUGGCUGCAAAAGCAGCGAUAGAGCAAGCCAAAAUGCAAUGAAAAUAAAAUGAAAUGUGAAAUGUA